UGAACUUGAAAAGUGGUGUACAAUCCUGACUUUCCACAGUGGGGUCUCUCUCUUCUCCUGGCUCCGUCAAGUUCACAUCUGUAGGGUCCAACUUGGGCGGCGUGGUGUAGGCUGCUGGUACCUGAUGAACCUGAAUUUGGAAGACUGAAGAAAGUUGUACUGUAGCCUCCUCUGAACCAAAAGCUGAAAAGGUUGUUGAGUGCAGAUUGCAGACACCAUGUCUGACUCAGUGAUUCUUCGCAGCGUGAAGAAAUUUGGAGAGGAGAAUCAUGCUUUUGAAUCAGAUGGAUCACAUAACAAUGAUAAGAAAUCAAGGUUACAAGAUAAGAUGAAGGAGGAAGACGUUCGAGUUGGCUUCUUUGAACUGUUUCGAUUUUCUUCAUCAAAAGACGUCUGGCUGAUGCUUAUGGGAGGCGUGUGCGCAUUUCUACAUGGAAUGGCCCAGCCAGGCAUACUUAUUAUUUUUGGUAUAAUGACAGAUAUUUUUAUUAAAUAUGACAUUGAAAGGCAAGAACUCGAGAUACCAGGAAAAGCGUGUGUGAAUAACACCAUUGUAUGGAUCAACAGCUCCUUCCACCAGAACAUGACAAAUGGAACAGUCUGUGGGUUGGUGGACAUUGAAAGUGAAAUGAUCAAAUUCUCUGGCAUCUACGUAGGAGUCGGCGUGUCAGUACUUAUCCUUGGAUACUUUCAAAUAAGGUUAUGGGUCAUCACUGGGGCUCGUCAGAUAAGGAGAAUGAGGAAAAUUUACUUCCGGCGAAUAAUGAGAAUGGAAAUUGGAUGGUUCGACUGCACUUCUGUGGGAGAGCUGAAUUCAAGGUUUGCUGAUGAUAUUGAUAAAAUCAAUGAAGCCAUUGCCGACCAGUUGGCUCAUUUCCUCCAGCGCAUGUCGACGGCUAUGUGUGGGUUACUUUUAGGGUUCUACAGGGGUUGGAAACUAACCUUGGUGAUUCUUGCUGUCAGCCCUCUCAUUGGCAUUGGGGCAGCCAUCAUAGGUCUGAGUAUAGCCAAGUUCACGGAGCUUGAGUUGAAGGCUUAUGCCAAAGCGGGGUCUAUUGCUGAUGAAGUCCUCUCAUCUAUUCGAACAGUGGCUGCUUUCGGUGGUGAGAACAAAGAGGUUGAAAGGUAUGAGAAAAAUCUUGUGUUUGCCCAGCGCUGGGGAAUUUGGAAAGGAAUGGUGAUGGGCUUCUUCACUGGGUACAUGUGGUGUCUCAUUUUCUUCUGUUAUGCGCUGGCCUUCUGGUAUGGUUCCACACUUGUCCUAGAUGAAGAAGAGUAUACACCAGGGACACUGGUCCAGAUUUUCCUCUGUGUCAUAUUAGCAGCUAUGAAUAUUGGCCAUGCAUCUUCUUGCUUGGAAAUCUUCUCCACUGGGUGUUCAGCAGCUACCAAUAUUUUUCAAACAAUAGACAGGCAACCUGUCAUUGACUGCAUGUCAGGAGAUGGCUACAAGCUAGACCGAAUCAAGGGUGAAAUUGAGUUCCACAAUGUGACCUUCCAUUAUCCUUCUAGACCAGACGUGAAGAUUUUAGAUAACCUCAACAUGGUCAUAAAGCCAGGGGAAACGACGGCUCUGGUGGGAUCCAGUGGGGCUGGGAAGAGUACAGCAUUACAGCUCAUUCAGAGAUUCUAUGACCCCUGUGAAGGCAUGGUGACUCUGGACGGCCAUGACAUUCGCUCUCUUAACAUCCGGUGGUUGAGAGAUCAAAUCGGGAUCGUGGAACAGGAGCCCGUUCUGUUCUCCACCACUAUCGCAGAAAACAUCCGUUUUGGCAGAGAAGAUGCAACAAUGGAAGACAUAGUCCAAGCUGCCAAGGAUGCUAAUGCAUACAACUUCAUUAUGGCCCUGCCGCAGCAAUUCGACACCCUUGUCGGAGAAGGAGGAGGCCAGAUGAGUGGUGGUCAGAAGCAAAGGGUAGCCAUUGCCCGAGCCCUCAUACGGAAUCCCAAGAUCUUGCUUCUGGAUAUGGCUACCUCAGCACUGGACAAUGAGAGUGAAGCUAGAGUACAAGAAGCAUUGAAUAAGAUCCAACAUGGGCACACAAUCAUCUCAGUUGCCCAUCGCCUGUCAACAGUCAGAGCUGCAGAUGUAAUCAUUGGGUUUGAGCAUGGAGUAGCUGUGGAAAGGGGGACCCAUGAAGAGCUGCUAGAAAGAAAAGGUGUCUACUUCAUGCUUGUGACCCUGCAAAGCCAAGGAGAUAAUGCUCACAAAGAAACGAGCAUAAAGGGGAAAGAUGCGACGGAAGGUGGCACCCUUGAGAGGACCUUUUCCAGAGGCAGCUAUCGGGAUAGUUUAAGAGCUUCGAUCCGGCAACGCUCCAAGUCUCAGCUGUCUCUUCUGACACAUGACCCUCCACUGGCUGUUGCUGAUCACAAAUCCUCUUACAAAGACAGCAAGGACAAUGACGUGCUUGUGGAAGAAGUUGAACCUGCCCCAGUUAGGAGGAUUCUAAAAUACAACGUUCCAGAAUGGCACUACAUUCUGGUAGGAUCUUUGAGUGCAGCCAUUAAUGGGGCAGUCACACCCAUCUACUCCCUUUUAUUCAGCCAGCUCCUUGGGACUUUUUCACUCCUCGAUAAAGAACAACAAAAGUCAGAGAUUCACAACAUGUGUCUGUUCUUUGUCAUCCUGGGCUGUGUAUCCAUUUUCACACAAUUUCUGCAGGGUUACACUUUUGCCAAAUCCGGAGAGCUCCUCACAAAGAGGCUGAGGAAAUUUGGUUUCAAGGCAAUGUUAGGACAAGAUAUCGGCUGGUUCGAUGACCUCAGAAAUAAUCCUGGAGUACUGACGACUAGGCUUGCUACAGAUGCUUCCCAAGUUCAAGGGGCUACUGGCUCUCAAGUUGGAAUGAUGGUCAAUUCCUUCACUAACAUCAUCACGGCCUUGCUGAUUGCCUUCUUCUUUAGCUGGAAGCUCAGUCUGAUUAUAACGAUCUUCUUCCCCUUUCUGGCUUUAUCGGGAGCUGUACAGACAAAAAUGUUGACGGGAUUCGCUUCUCAAGACAAGGAAGCUCUGGAGAAGGCUGGUCAGAUCACCAGCGAAGCCCUCAGCAAUAUCCGCACAGUUGCUGGGAUUGCAGUGGAGGGAAGAUUCAUUAAAGCAUUUGAGGUUGAACUCCAGACAUCAUACAAGACUGCUGUCAGGAAGGCGAAUAUCUAUGGACUCUGCUUUGCCUUUUCCCAGGGGAUAUCAUUUCUUGCAAAUUCCGCUGCCUAUAGAUAUGGAGGUUACUUAAUAGCCCACGAAGGUCUGGGCUUCAGCCACGUUUACAGGGUGGUCUCUUCAGUCUCACUGAGUGCAACGGCCGUUGGAAGAACAUUCUCUUACACUCCGAGCUAUGCCAAAGCUAAAAUAUCAGCUGCACGCUUUUUUCAACUGCUAGAUCGGAAACCUCCAAUUAAUGUGUACAGUGAAGCAGGUGAAAAAUGGGACAACUUCCAAGGGAAGAUUGAUUUUAUCGACUGUAAAUUUACGUAUCCUUCUCGACCUGAUAUCCAAGUUCUGAAUGGUCUCUCAGUAUCUGUCAAUCCUGGGCAGACGCUGGCAUUAGUUGGGAGCAGUGGGUGUGGCAAAAGCACCAGCAUUCAGCUGUUGGAACGGUUCUAUGAUCCUGAUCAGGGAACUGUGAUGAUAGAUGGUCAUGACAGCAAAAAAGUCAACGUUCAGUUCCUCCGUUCCAACAUCGGGAUUGUCUCCCAGGAGCCAGUGCUGUUUGACUGUAGCAUAAUGGACAACAUCAAGUACGGGGACAACACCAAAGAGAUCUCCGUGGAGAGAGCCAUAGCUGCUGCAAAGCAGGCUCAGCUGCAUGACUUCGUCAUGUCGCUCCCAGAGAAAUAUGAAACUAAUGUUGGGAUCCAGGGCUCUCAACUCUCUCGUGGGGAGAAACAACGCAUUGCUAUUGCUCGGGCCAUUGUGCGAGAUCCUAAAAUCUUACUACUGGAUGAAGCUACAUCUGCCCUAGACACAGAAAGUGAAAAGACAGUGCAGACUGCUCUGGACAAAGCCAGAGAGGGUCGGACCUGCAUUGUCAUUGCUCAUCGUUUGUCCACCAUCCAGAACUCAGAUAUCAUUGCUGUCGUGUCACAAGGAGUGGUGAUUGAAAAAGGGACCCAUGAGAAACUGAUGGCCCAGAAGGGAGCCUACUACAAGCUGGUCAUCACUGGAGCCCCCAUCAGUUGACCUGACUGGAGACUUCACACAGAUAAUGAUGUGCUGAGUACAGGAGGGCUGUGGGUUUUUGUAGCCAUAUAGAGAAUUAUUAAUGCUUUACAGACAGAGGUAUCCACUGGGAUCCAAAGUAAUUUUGAGUGACUUUCAGUAAUAAUUUCAGUUUGAAAUGUCUACGUAGAAAGGAGAGAGCCCAGAGUCAGCAUGAGUCAAAGUUCAAAGUCCAAGGUCAAGUAGCUGCUUAUCUGCCGGCCAGUGCUGCUCUGGGUAGAAACUGGUCACUGUCUCCAUCGAGGACGCCGCGGUGAGAGCAUGGAGUCCUCCUUCAGGACAGAGGGUUAGCUCUUGCAUCUGGGAAAGCUCCCUGCGCACUGAGCCUGCUCUGUAAUCUGCACUCAACUGUUUGAGUCAGUUCAAGGCCAAGAGCUAAGGACCCAAGGCUACUGGUAUUUCUUAACUGAGUUUAGUUUGUUUACUAUAGGGAAGCAAAUUUAUUUACCUUUAACUCCUGUGAGUAGGGUGCGGAGCCCUUUCCCAUUCUGGCAUCUCCCAGGCUCAGGGAGGCCAAGGUGACAAAAGGAGAAGUAGAGGUCGCUGGUCAGGUGUGUUGAUUGGACCGAAGGCUCAGGGUGUUGGUGUCACUGUACACUACAGUGGAUCUGCCAGUGUGAAGCAGGGGCUCUCUACCAGGACUUCGACUUUUCAUUCCCUGCCACCAUGUCACCUGAUGUCCCUUACUCUUAGGAAAGUCUAUGCAUGGAAUGGAAAUGCACCCGAAUCUUAAGUUGUUACAUAAAAAAAUCUAGUAAAACAUAGUAGGAAAAAA